GUUUGUUUUUUUCCUCGUACUAAAGAAAGUUACAAAACUCCAUGGUUUUGUAUAAAUAUUUAGAAAAAAAGUUAUUAAAUAAAUUUGUUUCAAAAAAAUGUUUAAAUUCUAUAGACAAUUGGCUACAACAGGUUUAAAAUCUGUGAAAACUUUAAAACAAACAAAAUUGUACUCAACACAACCACCGCGAGGUAAUCCUUUUACGGAGUCGUCACAAAAGAAAAAUUUAAGAUCUACUUUGUACUAUGUAACCGCCGGAGGAGUAUUAAUAGUGGGUUUAAGUUAUGCUGCCGUACCUUUAUAUAGAAUGUUUUGUCAGGCCUAUAGUUAUGGUGGCACUACUAGUCAAGGUCAUGAUGCCGAAAAGGUGGAAAGCAUGUUAAAGGUUGAAGAUCGUAUUAUAAGAGUUAGAUUUAAUGCUGAUUUAGCUGCCUCUAUGCGUUGGAAUUUUAAGCCCCAACAAUAUGAAAUAAAAGUAGCUCCCGGAGAGACUGCUUUAGCUUUUUAUACAGCUAAAAAUCCUACUGAUUUACCUGUAAUAGGUAUUAGUACCUAUAAUGUUAUACCUUUUGAGGCUGGAGCUUAUUUUAAUAAAAUACAAUGUUUUUGUUUUGAGGAACAACAAUUAAAUCCCCAUGAAGAGGUGGACAUGCCGGUUUUCUUUUAUAUUGAUCCUGAGUAUGUUAAAGAUCCUAAACUGGAAAAUGUGGACACUAUUACGUUAUCUUAUACGUUCUUUGAGGCUAAAGAUGGUUUAAAACUUAAUUUCCCUGCUUAUGCUAAGCCUCAUAAUGCGUAGAAAUGAUAAUUUUUAGAGAUUUUUUGUAAAUAAAGUUAUUUAAAGAAAA